CUCAAUCAAACAUGGUGAGGCCUUUAGAUAUUAUGGAGCAGAUCUACUUGUAUCGACAGCGCACUGACGACGCGCGGCAUUCCCCUGAUGCUUGAAUCUCUAGCGAAUAUGUUUCCAGCUAAUUCAAAACGAAAUACGGAGUACGGUGAGCAUAUUCUUCUAGAAAACUUAUUAUAUUUGGCAUCCAAAUCGAAUAGAUUCACGCUGCCGGUCAGCGAUUUUCACUCAAUCCAGCUUUUGCAAUGGCGAUCGCUCAGUCUCUUCAUAGACAAGAAUACAUCUUGCGACCAGAUAGAGAUGCAAGUGAGAGCUUUUCCAUUGCAGGCGUUUGCACUCUUCCAGCCUUAUUACACCGACAAGCAGAACAUCGAGGAAAUGCCACCCUUUUCUCAUUCCGAUCUGCGCCAGAAAGCCCUUUGACCACUCUCUCUUAUGUCGAAGCAUAUUCAAGAUCUUGCAACCUUGGACGUAGAUUGUUUCACCACCUCCCACCCUCGAAAACAACCAACCCUGUGGUUGGUAUAUGGCUGGAGAGAUCAAUUGAACUUCACCUUGCGACCUUAGCCACGACCAUUUCAGGUGCUGCGUGGUUACCAUUUGACGCCGAUGCUCCCGUCGAACGCGUUGCUGCAUGCCUGCAGGACAGUAAUGCAGCCAUUUUGUUGUGCGAUCAAGCACAUCAUGAGGCUGCGUGCAGUGCAGCUGAGGGACUUCCUGGAUGCAAAGUAAUCACGUUUGAGCAGUUAUCCAACCAGGAAAUACAUAAACCCGAGUCAAGAAAUGACGGAUGCAGACCACCCCAGCCACAAGAUACAGCAUACAUGAUCUACACUUCAGGCAGUAGUGGAACGCCCAAAGGAAUAGCGAUAUCACACCAUGCUGCUCUUAUGUUCUGCCUCAGUGAAAGGUCGAUCCUUGAGACCGGAUCAGAUGACAUCGUCUGGCAGGGCUUUUCUGCGGCUUUCGAUAUGUUUAUCGAAGAAACAUGGGUUAGCAUAGCUGGAGGUGCACAUCUAGCUAUUGGGAACCGCAUUGAAUGUCAAGAUGUGCCAGGUCUGGGAGGUGCCAACGGCAUCUGGGCACAACGUGGUGUGACCGUGGUCAACGUCGUGCCUACCCUCAUCAACAUCAUGACUUCGCUCGAUGAGGAAUGCCCCCUCCCUCCUUUCGUCAGGUUACUCAAUUUUGGCGGAGAAGCCUGUCCAGAGGCUUUGGUUAAUCGCUUAUGGUCUUCCAACCUGCGCAUUUUGAACACAUACGGCCCCUCCGAAACCACAGUGACGGCGACAUUCAAAGAGCUAUUCCCUGGGCAGACAGUUACCAUUGGUAAGCCCCUUCCAGGCUACCACGCUUUACUGCUCCCAGUACUGGAUGAGUUGCCAACUACUUGGAAACCUCUUGAAAUCAAGGAAGGUGUCGAGGGCGAGCUUGCCAUUGGUGGUCAAUGUCUGGGAAAAGGCUACAUCGGACGACCAGCUCUCACCCAGGAGAAGUUCAUCAGCCACCCAUUGGCAUCUUAUACCGGUGAGCGACUGUACCGUACGGGAGACCGGGUUCGACUAGAUCAUAAUCUGGACAUUAUAUUCCUGGGACGGAUCGACGCGCAGGUCAAGCAUCGAGGCUUUCGCAUCGAGCUCGGCGAGAUCGAACACGCCAUCGCAGGGCAUUCAGGGGUGCAAACAGUCGGUGUCAUUCUCUCUUCUUCCACGAAUCGUCUGGAAGCUUACAUUGUUGAGAAAGAUGGAGGAGAUGUUGAGCUUGGAGAUGUACGCAGUCAUCUCCGCCCUCUGCCAGCAUAUAUGCAGCCAGAGGCAUACUUUUUCAUUUCGGCAAGUGAACUACCUCGUCUUCCGAGUGGAAAAAUCAAUAUGAGAGCGCUUCAAGAAAUCUCCUCCCUGCAGGCUUCCAAGUGCGACGAUAGUAGCGAAGAGAACGAAAAGGAUGCUGCUUCGGAUAGCCUCACGCUCAACCAUGAUCCGGAUCUCGACUUUUUUCUGAAAACAUUGGCCAAAGUCUUUCCACAAUCCACCAAUAUCACAGAAAACGUUGAUCUGUUCAGCGACUUGGGCUGCCAUAGCCUUCUUGCAGCGUCACUUGUUUCUAAGCUUCGAAAAGAAAGCCCAACAGGGUCGAUUUUUAAAGACCUGGGCUUACAGGGUGUUUAUCUCAACCGCACAGCCGAGAGUAUCGUGGCAAGUCUAAGGGGCAGGUCGUCGGACGAGAAGCCAGAGGCAACUUUAGAGGUGAAAGAACUGUGGUCAAAUGAGUCACCUACGACCGAUAGCUGGCCCGUUUCACGCCGACGCUAUAUCCUGUGCAGCAUUGCACAAAUACCCGCUCUAGUACUCCUUUUCGCCAUCCAAAGCGUGAGUCUCAUCGGACCAUAUCUUAUGUUCUACGCAUUACUGCGCAUAUACGACAUUCGAACUGCUAUAGUGGGAUCAUACUUCACCUUUGUGGUUAUACCAGUCGUCAGGGCCCUUUUUGCUGUCGUUGGCAAAUGGGUAGUGCUUGGGCGAGCACGACCCGGUGAAUACCCCCUGUACGGUUUGUAUUACUACAGAUGGUGGCUUGUCGGCCACUUCAUCAAACUCAUUGACAUGGUAACGAUUGCCGAGACACCCAUGCUGCCAACUAUCUUACGCUGCCUGGGUGCCAGGAUUGGCAAAGGAUGUCACAUGGGUAUCUUGUAUACUGGUCCCGCUAUGGAUCUGGUAUCAAUAGGCGACGAUGUCUGCCUUAACAAAGACAUGAUCAUCAGCACCAGCUGGAUCGAGCGUGGCCGCCUCAUCCUCGAAGAAGUUCAAAUUAGAUCACAGACUCACCUCGGUAGCCAUACCGUUAUUGAAGGUGGAGCAAUCAUCGGAGAGGGGGCUGAAGUUGGUCCUCUCAGCAUGGUACCGAGAGGAAGCUACAUUCCGACAGGCCAGCGCUGGGCUGGCUCCCCUGCACGAUUCCAGGAGAAUGUGGAGGAGAUUGGGGCCAUGAAAGCAAACCGACCGGGCAGCAUGCGAGUUGCCUGCAUGACGCUGGCGGUCGUCAUGAGCUCAGGAUUCGUGCUCCCGAUCAUGUUCUUUGGGCCACAGAUUCCAAGCAUGAUGCUGUUCGAUUACCUCAACAUUCCCAACGUUGGAUGGUGGACACAAACCACCAUUGUCAUUGUCCCUGCGGCCAUAAUCUAUCUCUUCCUGACAUACUUUCAACUGCUCGUGAUGCGCUGGCUUGUUCUUGGUAAGGUCACUGAGCGAUCUUUUCGCACGACCUCGGUAUACUGGUACCGCAAAUGGCUGAUCGACCGGCUCAUGGAUAUGAGUCUUAUGAUCUUGCAUCCGGUGUACGCGACGCUCUAUGUGGUACCAUUUCUGCGGUCACUGGGUGUCAAGAUUGGGCGCCGUGCUGAAGUGUCGACUGCUCGAGGCAUUAACUACGAGCUCACAGAGAUUGGUGACGAGUCCUUUGUGGCUGACCACGUUUUGAUGGGCAACGAAACCGUGCGGAACCAUACAGUGACGCUGAAGAAGACAGUCCUCCAAAACCGCGCCUUUGUCGGCAACGCCGCGCUUGUACACCAAGGCUCCGUGAUGGCUUCAAAUACCCUCAUCGGCGUCCUUUCGACUUCGCCCAGCACGCCGCUGAAGGAAGGCGAAAGCUGCUUUGGGAGCCCGCCCAUCUUGAUGCCUACCCGCCAAAGGGCUCAGAUGAACCAUGAUGAGCAUCUUCUGUUUCAUCCACGUCCCGGACAGAUUGCUGUGCGACUUUUCAUCGAAGGCUCACGCAUUCUCCUGCCUCGUUUGGUCAUCACAGGUGCUCUGGGCUACAGCACGCUCAUCAUUGGCCACAUCUACGACCACCUUGGCAUUGUCGCAAGUGUUUUCAUGAUGCCGGUUGUCUACUUCUUCGUGUUUGGUCUCCCAUCCUUCUUCACGACCCUCAUAUUCAAGCUCAUCCUCAUCGGAACCUACCGCUGUGCCGAAUGGCCUCUCUGGAGCGUGGACGUCUGGAAGUCCGAGUUCGUAACCUCGACGUACGAAACCUUGGCCGUCCCGUUCUUGGUGGAAAUGCUCACGGGAACACCCUACCUCGCCUUUUUCCUACGGUUGCUGGGCGUGCAGGUCGGCUCGCGGGCCACUUUACUCUCGCACGACAUCACCGAGUUUGACAUGGUGAAGAUCGGCGACGAAGCCGUCUUGAACAUGCACGCGGCGCCUCAGACCCAUUUAUUCGAGGACCGCGUCAUGAAGGUCGGACGUGUGGACGUCGAGGCGGAGGGGUGUUGUAUGCCGUAUUCGAUCUGCUUGCCCAACAGUCACGUCGGUGAGGGCGCCCAGCUCGGCAGCCUGUCGCUGCUGAUGAAGGGCGAGGCGGUGCCAGCACAUGAAACGUGGGAAGGGGCGCCAAUCGCGCCGGCCAGGAGAAGGUCAUGACCAUUGAAUCCUUUUUUUUUCUUCAGCCUCGCGUUCCCAGCGGUGUCGGCCAUCUAGCCAUUUUCUCACUGUACUUUAACCGACCAGAAAGUCACAUGGCUCUUCUUUGCGGGACGUAAAGAAUUCCUGUGGCCUGUAUACCUACAUGUACGUGUAUAUCUAUCUGCAUACACUAUUAGAUAGAGAAAGACCAUAGAUUUCUACUAG